GUGGAAGGUUGGUGAAGGUGAAGAACACAGAGUACUUCGCGAAUUAUUCAAGACGACAAUAAUACAUCAUCACGAUGAUGACAAUUGAGCGCGUCAAAAGGAAAAAGCGCUUCGCCGACUUGUAGCCGAGAGUGGGCCGCACACCUUCAAAAUUCUUCGAAGGUACGCAAGAAACGAUACCUUGAGUUCUAUUGUCCGUAUCUGAAACUGAACCCAAAUGGUAGAACAAUAGCAAUAGGGCAGCGGUCAGACGCUGUUGGGCACCCGUCCAGCAUUUUCCUCAGUUCUCUACAGCCUGAGAGCCGCCGUUCAUAAUCACUUAUAUCAAACACAAACCAGCAAGAUGCGUCUCCUCUUUCCCGAACUCCCUCCUGAGCUCCGCAACGCCAUCUACGCGGAAACCUUCGACCACUCCGCUCCAGCGUCUAGCAAUGGACUGCCAUUCGUAUCCAAGGCCUACGAAUUGGCGCAUACUUCUCUCCGGAUAACGCCGAUCCACCGUGGCAACAUAUCCCUCCUGCAACUGCAGAAGUACAAGUUCUUGGAGGCCCGCGAGUACUUUACGCAACUGGUGGCCAAUAAUGCAGAGCUACAUAUCACCAUUGUAUUCAAGGGCCACGUGAAUACAUUUGUCCAAGAGCACUGGAACGACAAGGUCACGACACAUUUCAAGAAGAUAAUCAAGAAAUUCCCCUGGCUAUCGAAAGUAAAGAGAUGGGAUGUCGACGUGUUUUGGAAACCACCCGCCCGAACUUACGGACAGGGAAAGCCAGCCGUGUUGGCGAGAAUCAUGAAUGGAAUGGUCGGCACUGUGCUAUCGUUCCAGGACAGUUCGGUGCGGAGCAGGAGCGGCGAAUCGAGGGUUGUGUUGCACAUAGAUAAGAUGCUGGCUUGCGCACUAUGGCAUCAGCGGUUGGACCUUGGUCUCCAUUGUUUCCUGACGACUUCUGUGGCGGUGAAGCGGGAAGUUCGAGAGGUCUGCCUGGACGUUGAACCAGAGAGCAGCAGGGCCGCUGUUGGUGCAGGCAUGGUCGCGACCGCGGAUUCGGAGGGAGGUCUCGUGGCAGAGGAGGUCAUGGUCACAAGAAGGAUUUUGGAGGAUGGGGAAAGCAGAUGGCAGGUGCCGGAGAGGGUUGCGGCGAAGGGUGGGCGCUGGUUGCCAGAUGCUGUGUGGGUCAAAUUGGUAGACCACUGCGGAGCAUCUGGCGAAAUUAGCAUCGUCAAACUUUGAAGAAGAUAGAUAGAUACCCAAGAUUAUGACUGCAGAAAUGAAUCAAACUUUACCAUUCUUGACCUCACUCGAGUCUCGCUCACAUGCCUUAUAUGCAUAGCCGCACAGUGGGACAAACUCGAACGAUGAUGCU